GAUGAGAGCUGCUUAGAAACGCGCAGACGGAGAAGGAGCCUCUGUGGUCCAGGCUGCGCGGUGCCAUCAGCAUUAGACGGAGGCAGGAGGACAACAGCAGCACCUCUGGGAAAGCCCUGCUCAGUACAGGAUGAAGUUCGUGGUGGUUCUGGUCGGAGCGGGGACCCUGGCCUUCCUCGGGGCCGUCAUCUGCAUCAUAGCCAGUGUUUAUCCGAGGAAACGCGCCGCGGCUCUGGGUGACAACAGCACCCUGACAUCGGAGAGCCUGCUCCAGCCUCUGGAGCCCGGAUCCGUGGCCCACGCCGGGCCGCUGGGGGCUCUGCACGGCUCCGAGUCCUACGACGGAGGGAACGGACUCGGCGGCAUCGGCCUGGAGGUCCCGACUCUAAACGAACUGAACCUGGGGGAGCAGACCGGGGGAGGGUCGGCCAAACAGUUCAGCUUCAGCCGGCUCAUCUGCACACCUGUACCUGUGGGAGAAUGCAAGAGCAAGGACCUGAGGCAGAGGCGGGACAAGGAGCGGCAGCAGGCGGAUGAGCCGAUGCUCGGGGACGGGGACGAGGACUGGACGUACCUGCGCACCACCGCGGAGGAGCUCCAGCAGAUGGUCCUCCAGCAGAACGACCAGAUCCUCAUGGACCAGAGGACCAUCCGGGAACUGACAGGGAAGCUGAGUGAGUGUGAGAGCGGCCUGGAGGAUGAGAGGACCGUCCCGGAGCGGAGCAUCGGGGUUUGGAGCGGGAACCGGCGCAUCAUGGCCGGGGACGAGGUGGGAUCUUCGGCCGCGGCGCAGCUGCAGACGGCGCGGGCUGUGGAGGAGCUGGCGAGGGCCAUCAUGGACCUGAAGGACCGCAUCGAGAAACUGGAGGCGGAGAUUGGCCCUGCUGCCUUGAAUCUCACCGACACAUCUGCAGGGGCCUCAACCACCAGCAGCAGCAGCAGCAGCAGUGGUAGCAGUGGUAGCAGCCCACCUGUUAAUGCCGGCAAAGCCCCCGCCUCACCCACCAGCAGUGGCUCCUCUCCACCUGUCCAAGGCCCACCAGGUGGCCGCCGACCAGCCCCUCCAGCUGCCCCCGGACCCAGACCCCCGGCCAAGGGCACCCCUGGGCGUGGAAAGGGCCCCUGGAGGGUGGAGGACCUGGAGGGGGAGCUGGAGAGAAAGAUAAAGAUGCUGGAGAAGGAACGUCAGGCCAUGAGGAAGGAGACGCAGGGACAACACGAGAAGAUCAACCAGGGCAUCGACACGGUCAACCACCGCGUCUCCGAGCUGGAGCACACUCUGACAGAGCCUUCAUUCCCAGAUGGCUUUGUUCUCUCCUUCCCCAUGCGAACCAACUACAUGUAUGGCCUGGUUAGGAAAGAGAUAACUGAGAUGUACGCCUUCACUGCCUGUGUAUGGCUGAAGGCUAAAGAGGGGGGGAUCGGGACCCCCUUCUCCUACUCAGUGCCGGGUCAGCCUAAUGAGCUGGUGCUGCUACAGGGAGUCCACAACCCCGUGGAGCUGCUCAUCAAUGACAAGGUGGCCCAGCUGCCACUGAACCUGCCACAGGAUGAGUGGCAGCACAUCUGUGUGAGCUGGACUCUGAGGGAUGGAGUGUGGAAGGCCUACCAGGGUGGAAAAAUGAAGGGGAGAGGAGAGGGACUGGCUGCCUGGCAUCCCAUCAAACCUGGUGGAGUCCUUAUACUGGGCCAGGAACAGGUCAGACAUGGACAGGUGGAUGGUCACUUAGCAGCAUUAGCUAGUGACACACUGGGUGGGCGUUUCGAUGCCUCGCAGGCGCUGGUUGGUGAGCUGUCCCAGUUCAAUCUGUGGGACCGUGUGCUGAAGCCUGCAGAGGUGGCUGCCCUGGCCGACUGCAGCUCCUCAGCGCUGGGCAACAUCGCACCCUGGACCGACCAUGACGUGGACGUCUACGGCGGAGCCACCAAGGAGUCUUUGGACCCCUGCCACGCUGCCCAGAGAUCUAACCCCUCCAGCCCCAAACAGUGAAGGGUGCCUGGGUGAAGUGGGUACACAAAAAUGUUCAUGUUCUUCUAAAGGUCAAUUUGGUAGCAGACUUAAGAAAAGCAUAAAGGUGUAACACACUGGGUUUUAUAUUGGUUUAUUUGGGGAUUGGAAGCUUGCUGGUGGAAACAGAGCUAAAUUUGAUGGAGCUAUUAAAUAGUUAAUUCCGAGCGGUGUAUUUGUUUUGUUAUCUGUGUUGAUGUUAUUGCUCAUGUGUUUAUAACUGCAGUGAGAUACAGUAAGUUUAGUCACAGAAUCACCUUAGUGAAAGCAGCAUGAGUUGACCGAAGUUGACUAGGAGUCUAAUGGAUGGAUGUUCCAUAACAGGUUGAUGACGGCUGAAGUUAGACGAGUAGAGAUAAUAGAAAUAACCUACUCAGUUACUUGGUGGUGAGAGCUUUGGUGCAUUUAAGUACAGUUAUUUAAUAAAUAACCUUUAAAGAUGCCAUAUCAAAUGCUUUCUUAAUUUUGCAACAAAGCAACACAGAGUUUUGUCUCUUCUCAUAUUGUGUCCAGAUAGUUGUGUUUAUUGCUGAAUCAUUGCUUCUUUAUGGUUUCAUUGGUUUUCACACUCAACUAGAAACUGGAGUUUUGUUCAUAAGUAACUCUAUAUGACCCUGUUGAGUGACAUUUGUGUACUUUACAUUUUGUAAUUUGCACAUCAUGAUUUGGUACAAUAUUGGUCUUCUAAAUGUAUAUUGUGAUAUAUGUAUCUGCUAAUGUUGCUCUGUGCUAGUCUGCCACCCCCCACAUCACUCACAGCCUUGUGAUGCCAAGUCUCAGUGCAUUCAUGUACAACUUACAACUUUAUAAUAAACUCUGUUUCAGCACCAGUUGAUCAGACAUUGAGAUUGUGACAAACCUGACUCAGUUCGGUAAAAAUGUGUUGUACCCUUGAAUGUAAACCAGCUGAAAUGUAAAUGUAACUGCAUGAGAAAUGUGUUUUCAGCAAAGUCACAUUUCCUGUCACAGAAACAACUGAAAUGUGAACUUGUACCGGUGUCCUGAAACUGCACCUACAUUGAAUGCCUCUUGUUUAACUUAAGCCACAUCAAUUUUGACAAAGAAUAAUUGAUGACCAUUUUGGAUGACAUCUAAUUCAGCAUUGAAGAUGAGUGCAAAGGACUUUAUUUUUUACCUGAGGGUAGUGUUGUAGUGGAGACCUUCUCCACCAGAAGACCAGAAAGGAUACUAAGCUCAGACCAGAUGGAAAACAAGGUCAUUAUGGUAACUAGGUUUGUUCCAAUACUAUCAAAAGUAGAUGAUUGAUAUGUACUCACUUUUCUUUUCAUAACAAUGACAUAAUGACCAACUUCUGGAAGGUUAUCUAGCACACAGGGGGAAGGCUGGGUUGAAACAGCUCUGAAAUUAGCUAAAGGUGGCACAAUUUUAUGUCCAUUAGCCUUUUGUGGCAUAGUCAGUGUUAAUCUUGGGCAAGAAUCUAACUUUAAUAACAAUAAUUUGUCCUCACAUUUCUGAUGCUGUCUCAGAUCUUGCAGAUAUUCUAGAUUAGCAACUAUGUUCACCGUGUAAACAUGCUAAACAUGCAGUUCAGGUGGAUAAAAUGUAUAGCUUCCAAUAUUUUCCACUUAUGUUUUUUUUUUUUUUUUUUUUUUUUUUAACAUCAAAUUACAGUAAAGAAACUAAGAAAUAAAUCAGCACAGUUCAGUGACAUCCCUAUAGACCUCUUCUUUCAAGAUGAAGAUCAGACUAGUUAUAAAUAUAUUUGACUCGAAAACAGUAGCAAGACCUUCAUAAUGACCAAGACUGAUCUGCGCUACAACACUACCUGAAGGUGAACAUGAAGUCUUCCAUCCUCAUUGCAAACCAAACUAUAAAACAGAAAUAAAAAUCUA